UUCUUCCGUACGCUUUAUCGUCCUCCCGACUCCAAAAUGGCGCUUUCCGUCUCUCGUCGCGUCUGCAGCAGCUGCGCCAGCUUAUUCACAGCAACAGGGUUCUUGUACAACUUUCUUGGAGCUUCGCUCCUCUUCGGGCCGCAGCUGAUUUUCGGAAAAGUCGGAACUGCAGACGCAGUGCGCAUGCUUGUCCGCGGAAGGGAAGAUCAAGACAGUGCUCCUCAAGGAGUAUCCAAGAAGAAAACGUUGUAGGUGUUACUUUUUUGGAGGAACAGCAUUACAAAUUCGUCUGGCAUGACAGCAAAAACCUGUCAUGCGCAGAUACUACGUGAAAACGUCCUUUACUGAACCCUACGACGCAUGCCAAGCAUGACAGACGCAAUCUUUUUGCAUGUUGCGCAUCACAAAUUUACACUUCUAACAACGUUUUUUUCUUGGAUAAGGAGGUCAUCUGGCGCAUUGGGUGGACAGUUGGGUGGAAGAACUUACCUAUGAACUGCAAAAGCAUCGUACUCGUAUUGCAAUCAUGCAUUACAAAUCUUGUUCUUAAGGUAAAUCAGCAUCACAAAUUUUAUUUGUCAUGCUGAGGAAAUUUGUAAUGCAUUUAUACGAGUACGAUACUUUUGCACUGCAUAUUACCGAACCAGAACGAGAGAAGGUUUUCUAUGAAAUGCAAAAGCAUCGCGCCCACUAGGUAUAAAUCGCAUGACAAAUUUCCUCAGCAUGAGAAAUGAAAUUUGUAACGCGGAUUGAACUUGAGAACGAAAGCGAAACUUGUAAUGCAUGACUGCGAUAAUUACUACGAGUAUCGGAUACUUUUGCACAGGAUAUUUUGCGCAAACUAGCAAUUCGUGGCGACGGCGACACGCAGC